AAUGGACAAAUGACAUCACACAAGUCACGUGGUGGAUGAUAUGUUCUGUUGUUGAUUCUUACCACAGGUGGGCGUGCCUGCGGAGUAGAUGCCGGUGUCCUUACGCACGCUUCCUUGCUGUGUGCAGGAUGUGGUACUCUUUCGUCUUAAGCUUUCUUUGGGUUGCGUUUAUUACUUCUGUGAAGGCUAUGACACUCAAACCCAGGGCCAGCUUAACAGAUGUAGCGAAUGUGCAGUUGAUAUCAGCUGAUGAUGGGCAUCGAUUCAGGAGGUCAGCUGACAGUGACCUUCCAAUCAAUUUGCAUUUUCGAGUUUCAUCUAGAGGAAAUGACGUCAACCUCAGACUGCGACGGUCUCUUACCAACCAGGCGUCAGAUAUUCAAGUGUACGUCAUCAGGGAGAACAGUGUUGUGAAGGAGGACCUGCCACCCAUAGAGAGUGCUGCAUCCUACCUGGACAAGGUAUUGGGAGCCUCCAUCAUGGUGAGGAAACACCGCGAUGGAAACUUCACAUUGGAAGGAACCUACUACGAUACCUCGGGACAAGUGUACAUCAGCCAUAUCAAUGGCCCCAAAUAUGCCGUACAUCAAAUUGCCCAUAUUAAUUAUGGGAACGACUUUGUCAUCAACGCAGAAUCCAACGUGAGAUCCUCACACACGACAUCAGCACGGAUGAAGCGCAGAAGCGUAGACGAAUAUACUAUCGAGAUCCUCUUCUGUGCUGACUAUAAAGAUUACUCAAGUUGGGAGAAUCAUUUCCACAACCGUACACUUGCCCACAGUGAGAUGAGAUUGUAUUAUGCAUUUAUUGCACAGUCGAUGUCUGUGAGAUAUGCCAGCGUGACUGAUGUGGAUCCACGUAUAAAGAUUAACAUACUUGUCACGGGCCUGCUCAUUCUGGACACACCAGAGAAAUCGUACUGGACAGAAAAUGAGGCUAGUCAGUCGGGUACUGUGGAGGUCAAGCCAGCCCUGAGGUCAUUUAAAGACUGGCUUCAGUAUCAGGACAAUCUACCACCAAGUGACCAUUGGAUGUUGUUUUCUGGGUAUGAUCUGACCAGCAGCGGUUCCAGGAUUGUAGCAGGUCUGGCCACCUUGGCUGGGAUGUGCACCUCGGCAUCUGUCUCCAUCAUAGAGCAGGACUACUCGGCUAGUGUCGGGGCCACAGCGGCACAUGAACUGGGGCACAGUCUGUCCGCCGUGCAUGAUGGGACUUUGAUGGCCAGGGGUUGUACCGCCGCUGACAACUACAUCAUGUCAAGUAAACUCAUCAACCCCACCAACAAUGCAACGGCAUCACGACCUUGGGAGUUCUCCUCCUGCUCCGUGGCAGCGUUCAGAAACUACCUGGCAAGGGUAUAUUGUGCCAGGGAAACAGGCAAGACGGUGUCCCCAGUCACCACUAAACUGGUUCCCGGACAGGUGUACUCGAGCGACAUACAGUGUAAACUGGCACUGGGGAAUCAAUCAUAUUUUGGCAGGGGGAUCCAGUAUGAUCGGGGAUUUGACUCGAUGUGCAGGGCAAUGUACUGCGCUAUCCCGGGGCGACCACGCUACUUCCAGAAGAGCUUCCCCAUGGAGAAGACCACAUGUGGAGAUGGAAAGUGGUGCAUUAAAGGAAGAUGUGUCGUCGACCCGGAGGCACCCAGAACACCUGAAAACUGUCCCCAAGGUGACGAUGCUGACGAGGACUGUCAGUUGUCCGACUGCCCAUUUCUCACAGAGAAGGGGAGGAUCAGCUAUUGUUGUGCCACCUGUGGAGUCAAGCCUGAGCUAAUCCUACACACCAUGCCGCCAAACACUACACCAACGACUCCAAUGACCACCACGAUAUCGACCACAGCGGUCAUGUCUUCACCGCCCUCUGGCGACGGUCAGGAUGCGGCAGAAAACUCUGGACACGACACUAUUGGUCCUGAAUCUUCUACCAACACCAAGGAUUCUUCCGACACUGUGUUAUCUGGAGAUUCUGAGUCUAGUGAUAAUGGUCUGUCGAGUGAUGUGUCUACGGACAGUGAUCAAGUCUCCGAUAUGACCCCAAGUCCUAUCAAAGAAAGACCUGGUAGUGUUGGUCCAGGGCUGUUGGGAAUGAUACAUGGAAUGUUUUCAAGAUUUCGAAAUAUGUUUGGUGGCCCCAGCAGAGGAAGCAUCUCAUAUAGAUCCUACCCACACAACACAAAGACAAACUCUUCUGUUGGCGUGGCAACAGUAGACACCAGUGCCAGCUCGACCACAACUCCCAAACGUGGAAACUGGUUCACUCGAAUGUUUGGCAACAGAAAUGUAAGCGGUGAUCAUAAAACCAAAGGCAAAUUUAUCUCCGUUAGUCCCAGACAAGGUGAUAACGGAGGAUACAUCACAUCCGUCCUAAACCGCCCUGGUAGUGGUUUCUUUUCGUCGCUUUUAAACCCAACCAGUGGAAAUUCCCGUUCCUCCAAUCCUGCACCUAUAAUUGAUGGGUUUUCACGAUUUUUUAGCAUUGGUGCUAGAGCCAGGGGAAACGCUAGCAAUGAAGAAAAAAAUACAUUGAGUUCGGUUCCCCAUAUUGAAUCUAGCAGAAGAAAUACCGCAAGUAUCACGCCAGUAUCUACAAUACCAGUUGUCCGUGGAGGUGGUAUAUCCAGAUACAGCAACAACAACGGAAGACUUAGCCCUCGCUGGCGAUCACGUAAAGUUAUAAGGGUGUCCACGCCAAGGUCAACUAAUUCGGGAUUUUCAACUAUCACUCUCAGUCGACCUGGAGCGAGUGAGUCGUUCUGUGUCUCCUGUUCUAGUUCCUGGACGGCUAAACAAAGGGAGAUUACCCAACAGGAAAGAAAGGGGAGACAAUCCCCACCAUGGUCCAGUCGAUAUGGUGUAUAUAGAAACAUAUCCUGGCUUUCGAGAAAUGCCAUCCGUGAGAUUGCAACAUCAAACACAAAUAGUGAUGCCUUCAGAGUCCUCCAGCCUGUGCCUGGCAUCUUUAUUGGGAAGUGAGGAAGUAACAGCCGAAUGUCUUCGGGAUUGUGGAAAUAUUUUUACUGUUUGUUC